CCAAGAUUUGGUUUCCAUAGAGACCUACCGAAGUGGAGGCAGAUGGACAACUAGCUGAGAGACACCGACAACAGUGCAAUACUUGCAGGUCAAGAUGUCUUUCAGAGAUUUACGAAAUUUCACAGAAAUGAUGAGGGCCUUGGGCUAUCCUCGGUUAAUAUCAAUGGAAAACUUCAGAACGCCAAACUUCACUCUAGUGGCUGAAAUCCUGAUUUGGCUUGUAAAGCGAUAUGAACCUCACAUGGAUAUUCCAACAGAUGUGGAUACAGAGUCAGACAGAAUAUUCUUCACUAAGGCUGUGGCUCAGUUCAUGGCUACAAAGGCUCACAUCAAACUGAACACUAAGCGUCUCUAUCAGGCUGAUGGAUAUGCAGUAAAAGAGAUGCUGAAGAUCACCUCAGUGUUGUACAGUGCUAUGAAGACAAAACAGAUGGCCCUGGGAGACAGAGGCGAAGAAGACAAUAACAAGUUUAAGUUUGACCUCGGGUCCCGGAUUUCAGAUCUCAAAGCAGCUCGGCAGCUGGCAUCGGAAGUCACAUCUAAAGGAGCAUCUUUAUACGACUUACUGGGGAAGGAAGUGGAACUAAGGGAAAUGCGAACUGCAGCCAUUGCUAGACCUCUGGAAAUCAAUGAGACUGAAAAGGCCCUGAGGGCUGCCAUCAAAGAGGUUUUGGAAAGUGUGGAGAAAACCAAAGAAAUGCUGAGUAACGUUGUCUCUGAUGAGACCAGUCUGGAUGCAAAGAUAGAAAAAAAGAAGCAGGAGCUGGAGAGGAAUCGAAAGAGGCUACAGACUCUUCAGAGUGUCAGGCCAGCAUUUAUGGAUGAAUAUGAAAAAAUUGAGGAAGAUCUUCAGAAGCAGUAUCAGACCUAUGUGGAGAAGUUCAAGAAUCUCUGCUUCUUGGAGUCUCAGCUGGAGGAAUACCAUCGACUUGAACAGGAGCGAUUUGAGGAAGCUGAAAACACAAUGAGAAUGAUGCAGCACAAACUGAGGGAGGAGGAGAGAGACCUCAUGAGGAGUUCCUUAAAAGAGGAGGAUUCUGAUAUGGAUGUUCCAGAUGAUGAGGGUUCAGACAGCGACAUGGAGGAGAGUCGUCCCUCUAAGCCACGCCCCACCCGAAAUGGUGUCAUGGCAGGAAGAGGAGCAAGAUUCAUUGGAAACAUGCAAGGUGGUGACAGUGAUGAGCCCUCUUUAGCUGUUUCCAGAAGGUCAGGUUCUCAUGCCAAGAAACAACGGAGAGGAAAGGUUUGUGCAGGACCAAGGUCUAAUGAACACUUUAAUUCUCUGUGUGUUAAAAGGAGAAAUCCAUCCUCACAUUCUCUGACACUGACAACGAUUAGCCUGCAUUGCUCAUACCAAUUCACAGAUGACAAAAAUGACUUAAGCAUACUUUAUCUACAUACAAGCCAUAAAUUUCCCUCAAUCCUACUAAUCUAUAACAACUCCCAGGCCUGUUUUUCAAAUACAGGCUGUUGUGUAAUUUCUAACAUUGAUGCACAUGGUUUUCAUGUUUGUAGAAAUGGUUAGGAUGGAUUUUACUUUAAAAUAGACAAAUAGUUAAAAGUGUCCUCGUGUUGUCUUGUUUCAGAUAGUUCUUUUUUAAUUCAAGGAGUCUAAAAAGUUUGCAUUCACCUGAUAGAUCGUGUACCCAGGUCUAAAUCUAGCCGUGGUUCUUUGCUGAGUUUCGUCCCUUCUGUCUCUCCCUUGUCUUUCCCAUGUAUCUCCACAAAUACACAACAAAAUACCAAUAAUAAUAAAAUUUAAAAAGAAAAAAAAAGCUUUCAUUACUGUUGAUGAGGUCCUCUGCUCUGAAAAUAAAAGUUGACAUAUUAAGUCCUAACUGUCAAGUAUGUUCAGGUUUUUGUGUUUUUAAUCUGUCCAGUAUGUCUGCUGUUUCAGACUGACGACAGUGAGAUCGACGUGGAUGAAGAUGAUGAAGAAGAUGAAGAGGGCGAGGAGGACGAAGAGGAGAGCAAAGACUUAGAGGACGAUAGUUUGGAGGGGCCCAUGUCCAGGGCAGCUCGUCCCUCC